UAGAUAUACGAAGCGCGGCCUUGGCCUUCUAUAGAUAUUGUUAUAAUUUAUGCUCCACUAUUCCUACUAAUACCACUCAUACCAUCCUACGAGCCACAACACCAUGGCUUCUGCAGAGUACUAUGGAGGCAGCAACGCUCAGCAAUACCACCCUCAGUACCCACCUCAGCCACCGCAAUACCAACAACAACAACUUCCACCACAGUCAUGGCCCAAGCAGCAGUACAACACCUCGCCCUACGCUAAUACGCCUCCGCCUUCCUACUCGCCCUAUGCUCACCAGCAACAGCCGCAGGCCUACCCUCCUCCUCCUCCACCACCACCACAGCAGCAGCAGCAUUCUGAGAAGGGCUAUCAAGGGACCGCAGUGCCGUAUUUUCCACCUCCACCGCAACAAUCAAAUACAUAUCUAGGCCCGCCCUUACAGCACAUCCGCAGCCACUCCCAGCCCGCCACUCGAGUCCGGUUUGCAGACAACGCAUCUACUGCGCUUGGUUCAGAAACAGAGUCGGACAACGACUGCUCCCCGCAGCGCAGACGCCGCCGUCGUCGAAGCCGUGAUCGUCGCGAUCGCUCGAGAGACAGGGACUCUGACUACAGCGACCGAGACUAUGACCGUUCUCGAGGCGGUCGGACCAGGACACACGAAAAGAAACACGAAAACAGGGACACAUUUCUAGGUGCUGGAGCAGGAGGUAUCAUCGGCGACGCGAUCUUCCCUGGUCUCGGUACAGCAGCUGGUCUUAUCAUUGGAGGACUAGGCGGCAGGAAGUACGCGAAGGAUAAACGGAGCAACAGCGAAGAAAGCCGUCCACAUCGACAUCGCGACGCAUACCGUGAAGGGAGAGACGAAGGACGCGAUGAUAGAGAGCACGGAAGACACAGGCAUCGCGAUGCGUAUCGGGAGGGCAAGGAAGAGAGACGAAGGGAUAGAACCAAAGAUUCGGGAUAUGGCUACGAUGAGCGUGAUUUCGAUGGGUAUGGAAGAGACGAUGGAUAUGGCGCAUACAAGGAGGGGCACAAGCAACGCGGCAAGCAUAGGAAGUUUGGCCAGGAUGGCUGGGAUGAAGGGAGUGCGACGUUCAAGAGCGGCACAGCUGUGCGAUAAAUAACCCGAAGGCCUGGAGCCAUUCACCACCUAAUUCAUGAACAUUUGAGUAUUCUACACAUGUCGCCGAGAUGGUGUUGCGAAGCGUCCUGUCGCGCUACUGACUAAGCUGGCUCGAGCUCUUCGCGACAUUAUUCACGCGUCGAACUCCAAUGUUCUUCUUCUCUCCAGAUGCAAGCUGCAACGCUGCAUCGGCGCGCAAGCCAUCCUUUGCGCGCCUCCUCGCCUUUGCGUAAGUAUCUCUCUGCCCACUUCCCACGCCCUCAU